CGUUCGCUCGUCAGGGCAGAAGCCCGAAUUCUCAUUCGUCGCACAACACUCGCGCAGGAGAGCAGAGAGGUGGUUUUGGUUUAUCCAUCUCUCCCACUCUGCACUCAACGAGGCUGAAGUACCUUACCUUACCUUACCUUGCCUUCCCUAGCCCACCCCUCAUUCUUCACGACGUCGUCCUUCACUGCCCCGCGUCUUUUCUCUUCUUUCACCCUCUCUUUACAACGGUCCGCGGCAAGAACUGCGACCCAAUAUCAACACCAGAGCCUGCUUAGCUGCACGGUCUUACUCACCUCUCCUGGUUCCUCUACACCCACAACAACCACACAAAAACGUUUCUUCGCCGUAAGGAAGAAAAUGGGUCCCAAGAAGGCCGUCAAGGAGGAGAAGCUCCUGCUGGGCAGGCCGGGCAACAAUUUGAAGAGUGGAAUUGUCGGGCUUGCAAAUGUGGGCAAGUCGACUCUCUUUCAAGCUAUCACCAAAUGCCACCUUGGUAACCCCGCCAAUUUUCCAUUCGCAACCAUUGACCCUGAGGAAUCUCGUGUCAUUGUCCCCGACGAGCGCUACGACUGGCUUUGCGAAAAAUACAACCCCAAGUCAAGAGUUCCCGCACAUCUCACCAUCUACGAUAUUGCUGGGUUGACUCGAGGUGCCUCCACCGGCGCUGGUCUUGGAAAUGCCUUCUUGUCACAUAUUCGUGCCGUCGAUGCUAUCUUCCAAGUCGUACGAUGCUUCGACGAUGCUGAGAUUAUUCACAUUGAGGGAGAUGUCGACCCAGUCCGUGAUCUGACCAUCAUCAGCGAGGAAUUGCGGAUCAAGGAUAUCGAGUUCACUGAAAAGGCUCUCGAGGCAUCCAAGAAGUUGACACGAAGAGGUGGUCAAAGUCUUGAGAUGAAGAAACUGAAGGAGGAAGAAGCCUGUAUCGAGAAGGUCCUGGCUCUUCUUCAAGGUGGCGGUGAUGUCCGAAAGGGCGACUGGACUGCAAAAGAGAUCGAGUACAUCAACCCUCUUUUCCUCCUCACCGCCAAGCCUGUUGUCUACCUCAUCAACCUGAGCGAGAAAGACUACAUCCGAAAGAAGAACAAGCAUCUUGGAAAGGUCAUGGAAUGGAUCAAGGAACACGCUGCCGGUGACCCAAUCCUACCUAUCUCCAUUUGUCUCGAGGAGCGUCUCACUCAAUUUGAGGGCGGAUCCGAAGGCGAAGAUGCAAAGAAGGAGCUCAAGGAGCUUGGUGUUGAAUCCGCUCUUCCCAAACUCAUCACUGUCAUGCGUAAGGUCUUGAACCUGGGCAGUUUCUUCACAACCGGUACCGAUGAAGUCCGACAAUGGACCAUUCGGAAUGGCACCAAGGCACCUCAAGCCGCUGGUGUCAUUCACGGUGACUUCGAAAAGACCUUUAUCCAGGCUGUCGUCUACAACUUCUCCGUUCUCAAGGAAUUGGGCGACGAAGCAGAGGUUAAAGCUAAGGGCAAGAUCCAAACGAAAGGAAAGGAUUACGUGGUGGAGGAUGGUGAUAUCAUCCUGAUCAAAGCUGGAGCUGCGAAGGGAUAAUCGAAUGACAAUGCUGAGUUUGUACAACGAGUUCUAUUCUAUCUACCGCUGCGGUGAUAGCUCUUGAGACUCAUCGCUUAUUGCUGACAACGAUGAUUUAACUAUCCGUCUAUCAGCUUGAGAUUAGUGAUAGUGGUGGUGGGAGAUACCCUGGUCUUCGAAUCGAAGUACCAAAGAUUAUGGAAAUGAAAUCCAAAUCCAAGCAAAGCUGCCUCUGUCUCGCAAUUGUCCAUUGAUUCGUCCCAUCCGUCUACCAAAUGACGCACUCCACUCUAAACCUUCUCCAUAACCAUCUUCAUGAAGUAUCAUCGCCAGUCCCUCCCAGCACAUUUUCAGUCCUUGAAACAUGAAUCCACACUGCAUACUCUCCCCAGAUCCACUACGUCACCAAAAUCAACCUGAAUACUCUCACUCAGCCCACGAGGUAGACGAACAGCCGCCAGAAUUAACAAGUGUCUGGAUUUCAAGUUGGAAAGUCGAAGAUUGCCGGUACUUCAAAUAAGUUAACAAAACCAAAGAACGACUUGGACGCCUUCAGUACUGUUAGCACUUGUGAAAGUAACCCCGAUAGUACUUUACAAACUGGUCGGACCCAUCCUUCGUUUUCGCUGCAGAGAAAUCCGCCGGACGUGUCCACAGAGAUUCACCUGACGUUUCCAACCGAGGACUGACCUUGACACAUGUUGAUUGUCUAGUAAGGGAUGAGGACUUUAUUUGGUAUAUUAAUGAUUCUGGAAAAGGAGAUGCAACCUUGGGAAGUUUUGUCUCUUCCUUGAUUCAAGGGUACAGAGCUGUAUAUAUAGACAUGUUGUGCAAGCAGUUUUCACCCAAUCAAACCUCAAUUAGCCCGAGCAUGUUGUGCUUAGACUCAAUUUUGCUCUUGGAGUAAUGACGACUACGGUAUAAUAGUCGGUUCCCCUAUGUGAGGCUACGGGCACUCACUUACAGUCGGUAAAAGCAAGUGUCACGGGAAAGUAAGUGUCACACAAAAGAUAGCUGAAGUAUGAACUUCUACUAAAAUUACUACUAUAACGCGUGUCUUUUCUAUCGCGACUAUAACUCCUUAU